AGAUCUUGAGCCAAACAUGUUACCCACUACGAGUUAAAUUAUAAAACCCAUUUCAGAAUCGAAUUAUUGCAUUAAGAUUCGAGGUGUACAACAUUAAAUCUGAUUGAAGUUUAGCCGCAUUUGUCCAUUGAUGUCUGUAUAUUGUACCCUUUUUCAAACAAACACCUUUCCUCUUCCUUCAUUCUCUCCUUCAAUCUUGCUGCCUUUUCUCCUCGAUGUCUCCUCCCAUGGCGUUUCAUGUUCUUGCUGCUCUUUAACACCCGAUUAAAAGAAAACCGAUACAAAAACAAAACCAAAAUCAAAAUCAAAAUCAAAAACAAAAACAAAAACACAUAUCUUUUUUGAUUUUAUCUUUACUAUUAGCAUAAAGAAGAAAAAAGCUCUCUUUUUUCCGAGAUGGGGUUUAAGUAUGGGGCCAAACAAACCCAUAACUACAAGCUCGGGUCCAGCUCCGGCGGCGUCUCCGCCAGAUGGGUUGCAGUCUUCUGCAUUGUUAGUUUUUGUUUCGGUGUCAUCUUCAUUAACAGGUUUGGAAUAAAUUCCAUUCAUAUCAAAGUGGAUGAGAAACAAAAACAAGUGGAUCAUGUUAUUGAGUGCGAUAACGAGGAUUCUAAAGAUAUUCUCUCUCAAGUUUCACAUACGCAUGAUGUCAUCAUGACAUUAGAUAAAACAAUCUCUUCACUAGAAACAGAGCUUGCGUCAGCAAGAUCUGCAAAGAGACCCGAAUCAUCAAAUCAACACCAAAAGUAUUUCUUUGUGAUGGGGAUCAUGACAGCAUUUAGCAGCAGAAAGAGAAGAGAAUCCAUUAGAGAAACAUGGAUGCCUCAAGGAAAGGAUUUACUUCGAUUGGAGAAAGAAAAGGGAAUUAUCAUACGAUUUGUCAUAGGACACAGUGCAACAUCGGGAGGGCUUUUGGAUGAUGCCAUUGAUAUCGAAGACAAACAACAUCAAGAUUUUCUACGCCUGAACCACGUGGAGGGAUACCAUGAGUUGUCUUCUAAAACUCAAAUUUAUUUCUCAACUGUUGCUGCAAAGUGGGAUGCUGAUUUCUACAUCAAAGUCGAUGAUGAUGUUCAUAUCAAUCUUGGAAUGAUUGGCUCCACCUUGCUUCGUCAUCGUUCAAAACCUCGUGUUUAUAUUGGUUGCAUGAAAUCGGGUCCUGUCCUUGCACAGAAAGGGGUGAAAUACCAUGAACCCGAAUACUGGAAAUUUGGAGAAGAUGGAAACAAGUAUUUUAGGCAUGCAACGGGACAAAUAUAUGCGAUUUCCAAAGAUUUGGCCACUUUUAUUUCAGUCAACCGGAACAUACUUCACAAGUAUGCAAAUGAAGAUGUUUCAUUAGGGUCUUGGUUUAUCGGUCUUGAUGUUGAACAUGUUGAUGAUCGAAGCCUUUGUUGCCAAACACCCCCGGAUUGCGAGUGGAAAGCACAAGCAGGAAACAUGUGUGCAGCUUCAUUCGAUUGGAGUUGUAGUGGGAUAUGCAAAUCAGUUGAAAGAAUGAAGGAUGUACACCAGGUGUGUGGUGAAGGUGAUGACGCCAUCUGGCACACCAGUUUCUGAUGACGAAAUUGCCCUUUUUGAUCAAAAGAAAAGUAACAAUUUUGCACAUAUGAAGUCUGGUUUGGAAAAGGGUAGGGUAGUAAAUUAGAUAAUUAGUUCAUCAUGAUCACGGAUCGUAUGCUUGUAAAUCUGUAAUUGGAAAGUGGGAUUACUUUUGAGAAUGAUUUCGAGAGAACAAAUCUCCAUUUUUCAUCGAUCUUCUUUAUAUGAAAGUGGGAUUACUUUCUUGUUUGGAUAAAA